UAUGGGUGCAUGCAGCCAGGUUCUGGACCUCCUCUUUUAUCGCUCAAAGUUUUCCUCGCCUGCAUCCUGUUUGCUGGCAGAGCUCUGAUUCCCUCCUCCUCUCCAGCUAGAGGUGGGCAGGUCUGACUACACCAAGUACCCAAAUGCGCCGUGCUCUCUCUCUGCUUCACCAAGAGCUGCUCCUCGGCAUCGGUGGUCUACCAGCAGCAAAAAACAUCACCGAAGGCUGCCCAAAGGGCUGGGGGAAGGGCGGCAGCAGCAGUGAACAAACCGAGCAGUCAAAGAGCCUCGGAGCAGAGCGAGGAGCGAGCAGGGCAGGGAGGAAGGCUGGGUGUUGUGUGCGUCCUAACGGGAGCGCUCUGCAACCCUCCUGUGUCUCUUGUGAGCGGGCACAAGUGUCCAUCCGUAUCCUGGGGAAAGAGCAUCUUCCUAGUGGGGAGAGCUGGGAAGCAGGCAAAGAAUGGGAAGAAUAUAAAUCAGUUGUUAUGCCCUCCUGAAAAGAGGGAGAGAAAGGAGCUGAGGGGAAUGAAGCCGGAGGAUUCGGAGGCACGGAGAGGAAAAGUUGCCCCGACGGGAGACGCUGCGUGUUAGAGCCCGAGCUCUGCUCCACAAUGGGAUUUCUCGUGUCUAAGGGAAACCUCCUCCUCCUGCUGUGUGCCAGCAUCUUCCCAGCUUUCGGCCACGUGGAAACGCGAGCCCAUGCGGAGGAGCGUCUCUUGAAGAAACUCUUCUCCGGUUAUAACAAGUGGUCCCGUCCCGUCGCCAAUAUUUCGGAUGUGGUCCUGGUCCGCUUCGGCUUGUCCAUAGCCCAGCUCAUUGAUGUUGAUGAGAAGAACCAAAUGAUGACCACGAAUGUGUGGCUGAAGCAGGAGUGGCAUGACUACAAGCUGCGCUGGGACCCCCAGGAGUAUGAAAAUGUCACAUCCAUCCGAAUCCCUUCGGAGCUCAUCUGGAGGCCGGACAUUGUCCUCUACAACAAUGCUGAUGGUGACUUUGCUGUCACCCACCUGACCAAAGCCCACCUCUUCUAUGAUGGGAGAAUUAAAUGGAUGCCACCUGCCAUCUAUAAAAGCUCCUGCAGCAUCGAUGUUACCUUCUUCCCCUUUGAUCAGCAAAACUGUAAAAUGAAAUUUGGAUCUUGGACAUAUGACAAAGCUAAGAUAGACUUGGUGAGCAUGCAUAGCCAUGUGGACCAACUGGACUACUGGGAAAGCGGGGAGUGGGUCAUCAUUAAUGCUGUGGGUAAUUACAACAGCAAGAAAUAUGAAUGCUGCACAGAGAUCUACCCUGAUAUAACUUACUCCUUCAUCAUCCGGAGGCUGCCACUGUUCUACACAAUCAAUUUGAUCAUUCCCUGCCUUCUUAUCUCCUGCUUGACCGUCCUGGUCUUCUACCUGCCCUCCGAUUGCGGAGAGAAGAUCACACUGUGCAUCUCAGUGCUGCUGUCCCUCACGGUGUUCCUGCUGCUCAUCACAGAGAUCAUCCCUUCUACCUCCCUGGUCAUCCCCCUGAUAGGAGAGUAUCUGCUCUUCACCAUGAUAUUUGUCACCUUGUCUAUCAUCAUCACUGUCUUUGUGCUCAACGUGCACCACCGUUCCCCACGUACCCACACGAUGCCUGACUGGGUGAGGAGGGUCUUCCUUGACAUAGUCCCACGUCUCCUCUUCAUGAAGCGGCCCUCCACAGUGAAAGACAAUUGCAAGAAGCUGAUCGAAUCUAUGCACAAAAUAACCAACUCACCAAGGCUUUGGUCCGAGACCGACAUGGAGCCCAACUUCACUACCUCAUCUUCCCCCAGUCCCCAGAGUAAUGAGCCUUCACCCACAUCUUCCUUCUGUGCCCACCUUGAGGAACCAACCAAGCCCCAGCCCAUGUGCAAAUCCCCUUCUGGACAGUACUCGAUGCUGCACCCUGAGCCCCCACAGGUGACGUGCUCCUCUCCACAAUCCUCCUGCCAUCCCCUGAGUGACACCCAGAACACAUCCAUCUCAAAAGGCAGAUCGCUCAGUGUUCAGCAGAUGUACAGCCCCAAUAAGACAGAGGAAGGGAACAUCCGCUGUAGGUCCCGAAGCAUCCAGUACUGUUACCUGCAGGAGGACUCUUCCCAGACCAAUGGCCACUCCAGUGCCUCUCCAGCGUCGCAGCGCUGCCACCUCAAUGAAGAGCAGCCCCAGUACAAGCCCCACCAAUGCAAGUGUAAGUGCAGAAAGGGAGAGGCAGCUGGCACACCAACUCAAGGAAGCAAGAGCCACUGCAACAAAGGAGAACACCUCGUGCUGAUGUCCCCAGCCCUGAAGCUGGCAGUGGAAGGGGUCCACUACAUUGCAGACCACCUGCGAGCAGAAGAUGCAGAUUUCUCAGUGAAGGAAGACUGGAAGUACGUGGCCAUGGUCAUCGACCGCAUCUUCCUCUGGAUGUUCAUCAUCGUGUGUUUGCUGGGGACUGUUGGGCUCUUCCUCCCACCGUGGCUUGCAGGAAUGAUCUAAGCACAACCACAGAAUGAAGAAACACAUCCUGCCCUGUGGAUCUUAGUUCACCUGGAAGGAGAUGAGCAGAGAAACGGAGCCGGCCCUUUGAAUUAUUUACUGCGUGUCCGCGCAUGAGUUGUUCCACAGAAUCCUGGGGAACACGUUCUGAAUUCACAUCAUUUUGCCAAGCCAUUUUCAUGUCCUCCAUCUAUUUUAGGGGAAAAGUUCUCAUUAAAGUUUGUACAUAGCAUGGUGCCACUCACUGGCGUAUACUCAGCAGUAUAAGGCCACAAGCUUACCCCCUAAAACAGCACAUGCAGAGGCUUUGCGUAUACAAACCAGCAACUUAGCUCAUCUUCAGAGGUCUCUGUGUGCCUGUGUAACCUUGCCCUGUGCAGCUGAAGUGAACUGGGGUUGCUUGUCCCUGUAUGAGUCAUUUUAUAAAUAAAGUUCCAGCUUUGGGAUACCCGUGCUGGAUGAGUCUGUACCAGA